AUGGACCCAGACCGCUACUCAACUUCCUCAGCAACAUGGAGUAUGGUCGUCGACGUUUUUGCAAUCGAUGACGAUCAGUUAAAGUGCCCAAUAUGUGGAUAUUUCUUCAAAAUGGUAAGAACUUGCUUGAGGGAUUUUUAAAUUUAAAAAAUCGGUUUUAAAGUUCAUGUGCUGGUAAAAUUUAUGGUUUUUUUGUUGUUGUCGUAAUCUGUUUGUUAAUGUUAAGCUUGGUGAUUUACUUUUUUAUAACUGAGUCAUUGAAUUAUGGCUACGAGGUUAAGUUAUGUUUGAGCCAACUCUGGGCGAGUUUUUCCCAUUUUAUAACUUCUUUUGAUCGGUUAGACCUUUAGUUUUAAGAUUUUGAGCAUAUAGUAGACAUAUAAGACUACUUGUAAAAGUUGAUGUUCUAUAAAUGAAUUUCAGCCAGUCAGAUUGGAUUGUGGACAUUCGUUUUGCAAGAAUUGUAUCGACAAGUGGCUCAGAUCCUGUAAUUCCUGUUCGAUUUGUCGCCAACCAACGCUACAACCUAGAAGGAAUACGGAUUUAGAAAAGGUAUAAUUUUUUAUUGAAAGAUCGGGAUUUCGUAUUUUACAUAAUUUUAAGCCCAGAUGCGAGCUAAAAAGUAAUAUUCUAGGCAUAACCAAAGCUUAUUGGUCAAAGAUCCAAUAAAAGGUUGAUGUUAUUGACAAAAGCUUUGUUAUGUUUGAGAAUUUGACGUGAACAACGACGUGAAAAAGCCUAGAAACAUUACAGUAGUUCGCAGAAACGUUACAAUAGACUAAACCAUAGACUUUUAGAUAAUGGAAAAGCGAAAACCGACCUCAUCAGCUUCAGUUCAGUCCAACUUCUUCGAACGCACCUUCCUACCCAUUAAACAAAAGUUCUUCAGUAAACCGAAGAAAGAGGUACGACAACUUCAGAGAGAAAGUAUCAGAGCUAGUAUCAGGAGAAAGAAGAAGGUCAAUCCAGAAAUACCCAAAAUUGUCGAAGAAAAUGAGAAUCAAAAGGAAAAUCGACCGAAACCAGGACUUGAAAGAAACUUAUUGCGGAAGAGUAUUCGACGAAUCAAAAACAUGUUGUAG